AUGGGUCAGCUAUGUGGACGAUGCAUGCAGCUCCUGCGGGACUUCAUAGGCUUUGUUCAGAGGAUGUUCUCUGACUUGGUGCAAAGCAUCAAGGAAUGCUUAACUCUGAUAAGCAAAUGCUCCUGCUUAAAACAAAACAGCUCUAAAAACAGACAGCUGUACAAGCCCAUCCUACAGCCUCAUGAGAGAGUGACAGCACAGGAGUUUCUGCAGCAUAUUGAAACAGAUUUUGAAAUGUCUCCACUUGGAAAGGACCCUCUGGAAGCCUUGAGGACCUUAUCCUUUUCAGAAAACCCAGGUUUACAGCAGUCAGCUGCCCUCUAUUACUUGCAUAUGAGUCAGCACAUGAACAUCCCCCUGCCUGUGGAGCAUCUGGAACCCUUCUAUGCCUUACUACGUUCUGCUGACCUGGAGGUGCAGCAGAUGUCUUCCUUGUCUCUUGUCAACUUCUUGCUGGAAGGAAAUAUUGACAAAGAAUUAGUUGUCCAAAUGGGUUUACUUGAGCCAAUUUUGGAUCUGCUUGAGUCAGAGGAUCCCACUGUCCAGUGUAAUUCCUGUGCCUGCAUCAUGACUUUGGCUGUUUCAGAGUCCAACCGAGAAGCUAUUGGUGCUGCUAGAGGAGUUACACCCCUACUGUCCCUUGCCAAGUCCUAUGAUCCCAGAGUCCAACAAAAUGCAGUUGGUGCUAUUCUGAACCUCACACAAUCAGAGAAAAUCCAGCAAGUCCUAUGCAAGGAGGGAGCCCUACCGGUUCUUGCCGUGCUGCUGGAAUCUCCUGACUCAGAAGUCCAGUAUUACAGCUGUGCUGCCCUGAGCAACGUGGCAGCCAAUGUUCAGCACCACAAAGCCUUGCUGAGACCCAGUGACAGAUUCCUGCUGCGGACCCUGAUCUCUCUCCUCUCCUCUUCUGUGGACAAGGUUUCAAGCCAGGCAUGUGUUUGCCUAAGAAAUUUGGCUAUCAGUGCGGACAUCCAGGCUGAGAUGGUAGCUGAGAAUGUACUGCCCAAUCUGUGCUCUCUCCUGGCCUCUGGCAGUGAGGAUGUGCGUCGUGCCUCCAUUGCUCUGCUCUGGAUACUCUCCCAGCACCCACCCAACCAGGAUACUCUGGCAUGUGCUGAGCUACUGCAGAGCCUGGGGACAUUACUGGCAGCACAUAAAACAGACCCUGUGAUUGUUGGACAUACUGCUUGCAUCAUCAAAAACCUGAGCCUUUCCAAAAACAGACAGAGAAUCACUGAGAGCCGCUGUGUCGAAGUUCUCCUUCAGACCAUGCUUUUGACCGACACUCAGGAAGACUCCCUUCAUUAUGUGACAUCCUGCCUUGCUGAGCUGGCAAAGCAAGAAGGAGCCACGUUACACAUGGUCCAGUGGAUGGAUGAACCUCUGACAAAGUGCUUGGUGAGACUGGCUGGCCAGCUGGAACAUCCGGAGCCAUCCUUUCAUGCUGCCUCCAUCAUCCAGCACAUGAUUGGUCAUGAAAAAAUUAUGCUUUUGUGGAAGCAUCACAUUAGAGAGAUUCAAGCCUACCUCAAGAAUUUUCUUACCCACCCAGAGGUCCGUUUUCAGCAGCUGGGCAUCUCCACAUUCUGCAGACUACGAGCAGAUCCAGACUUUUCAUUAGCAUUCAGAAAAAGCCAAAUGGCCAGACUCCUUGAACAAGUCCGUCAACAAACAGAAGAAACUCAAGAGCUCCUUAGGGCAGCUAUGUACCAUGAAGACAGUUAAUAUUUAAGCCAAAUGCCUUAUGAAAACUUACCAGAUCCAAGGGCCUGAACUAUCAGAGGAAACAACUCUUUUCAUUGGUACCUGUAAUUUUCCUUCUACUUGCAGUUUCGUCAUACAGGAGAGAUGUCCCGAUAACAAGAAUUGGAGCAGGUGAAAACAC